CGUAACGAACAGUCUUACCAAAGAGGGGGAUAAAUUACCCAAUUAUUGGAGAAGAAUUACGAUUCGACCCUCUUUCUGAUUCCUCGUCCAGGCAGCCCUGGCUCGAUUGCUCGCCACGAUGAGAACUGACUUCGCUCUGGUCCUGACAGCAGCCCUUCUUCUUGACACAUUCUGGAGGAAUAAUGGGGAGCAUGCUACCAAGGGUCCCUGCCGACCUGGCUUCUCACAAAGCUUCUACUCUGUGCCGAUUUCAAGGGAUGUACUGCAAGGCCAAGGCAUACUCAAAGAUACCACAGUGUCAUCACAGAAAGUGAAAUUUGACGACUGCAUGGGGAAUGAGGCGGUGGCUUUCCAGAGCAGUGACCCCAACUUCAGUGUGCGGGCAGAUGGGUCCAUCUUUGCUCAGCGAGAGGGUGCCAGCCUGGAUGAACCAGUCCAGUUUAAACUGACAGCAAGUGGUCCACACACACAUGUAUUUGAGACUGUGGUCCAACUGGCACUGAUUGACCCUCCUUCCCCCCAACAAAAUGAAAAUGAGGUCACAAAGGAAGAGGGGAAAGUGGCCGAGAGAAAAGAGAAGGAGGCGUUCCAAGCACCACCUCCUGUCAUCAUGUUCUCAGGGUCAGGCCUGAACAGCUCCAAGGGUCUACGGAGACAGAAGAGGGAUUGGGUGAUCCCACCAAUCAACGUGGCAGAAAAUUCUCGAGGACCGUUCCCUCAGAUGCUCGUCAGCAUUCGUUCAGACCAGGACCAAGAUAUCUCGAUUCGAUACAGCAUCACCGGCGUGGGAGCAGAUCAACCACCCAAUGAGGUGUUUAAUAUCGACCCUGUGCUUGGAAAGAUGUUCGUCACCAAACCUCUUGAUCGAGAACAUCGGUCUUCUUACCAUCUGCGAGCCCAUGCCGUGGACAUGAAUGGGAACCAAGUUGAGAACCCUAUUGAUCUAUACAUCUUCGUUAUCGACAUGAACGACAACAGACCCGAGUUCAAAAACCAGGUCUACAAUGGCUCGGUGGAUGAAGGGUCUAAACCAGGAACAUAUGUGAUGCACCUGUCAGCAUUCGAUGCCGACGACAACACCACAGCUAAUGGAAUGGUGCGCUAUCGAAUCCUGUCCCAGACACCGCACAGCCCCAUCCCUAACAUGUUCACCAUCAACAGUGAGAAUGGAGAUAUAGUGACAGUGGCACCUGGUCUCGAUCGAGAGAAAGUGUCCCAGUAUACCAUCAUCGUGCAGGCCACUGACAUGGAGGGCAACCUGAACUUUGGCCUUUCCAACACGGCCACUGCCAUCAUCACUGUCACGGACAUCAACGACAAUCCUCCUAUGCUGACCUCCAGAACUUUUUCUGGUGAGGUCCCAGAGAACCGAGUGGAUGUCGUGGUGGCAAAUCUGACUGUGAUAGAUGCUGACCAACCACACUCCCCCAACUGGAAUGCCAUCUACAGAAUCAUCAGUGGAGACCCAUCCGGGCACUUCACCAUUCGAACCGACCCUGUAAGCAACGAUGGCAUGGUGACCGUUGUCAAGCCAGUAGACUUUGAGAUGAACCGUGCCUUCAUGCUGACGGUGGUCGUGUCCAAUCAGGCCCACCUUGCCAGUGGGAUCCAGUCCUCGCUUCAGUCCACAGCUGGGGUCACCAUAUCUGUUCAGGAUGUCAAUGAACCCCCUUACUUCCCUACGAACCCGAAACACAUCCGCUUUGAGGAGGGUGUCCCUGCUGGUACCAGCCUGACAACCUUCUCAGCCUCAGAUCCCGACCGACUACAGAUGCAGCAGACAAUCAGGUAUUCAAAGCUUAACGACCCUGCGGACUGGUUGUCCAUCAACAGAACCAAUGGUCAGAUAGUGACCACAGCAGUGCUCGACCGAGAGUCUGUCUACGUCAAAAACAACAUGUAUGAAGCCACAUUCCUGGCAACAGACAAUGGAUCUCCUGCAGCCAGCGGCACAGGCACUCUGCAGAUCUAUCUGAUAGAUAUUAAUGACAACCCCCCAGUGCUCAUACCUAGGGAGUCUCAGAUCUGUGAGCAGAUGAACAAGAACGCCAACGGUGUCAACAUCACUGCCGCUGAUGCCGACACAGACCCCAAUGCUGGGCCCUUUGUCUUCGAGCUGCCCAACUUUCCCACUACCAUCCGACGCAACUGGACAAUCUCUAGGAUCAGUGGCAACUACGGCCGUCUGGGUCUACGGUACCAUGUAUAUUUAGAGCCAGGGGUGUAUGAGGUACCUGUAAUUGUGUCGGACUCGGGGAACCCUCCAUUGUCCAACAGGUCGGUCAUCAAAGUGAAGGUGUGUCCGUGCGAUCAAAACGGAGAUUGCACCACUGUUGGGGCCGUGGCAGCCGCUGGUUUGGGAACUGGAGCCAUCGUCUCCAUCCUCAUCUGUAUCAUCAUACUGCUCAGUAUGGUGCUGUUGUUUGUAGUGUGGAUCAAGCGCAGAGAGAAGGAGAGGCAGACCAAGCAGCUGCUUAUUGACCCUGAAGACGAUGUCAGAGACAACAUACUCAAAUACGAUGAAGAGGGAGGAGGAGAGGAGGACCAGGACUACGACCUGAGCCAGCUGCAGCAGCCUGACUCCUUGGAGCACAUCAUCAGCAAGCCGCCUGGUGUCCGCAGGGUGGAUGAACGUCCCAUCAUCCCAGAGUCCCAGUAUCCAAUCAGACCUGUCGUGCCCCACCCUGGAGACAUUGGGGACUUCAUCCAUGAGGGUUUGCGAGCAGCAGACAACGACCCCACAGCCCCUCCGUAUGACUCCCUGCUGGUGUUUGACUACGAGGGCAGCGGCUCUACCGCCGGCUCUGUCAGCUCCCUCAACUCCUCCAGCACGGGGGACCAGGACUAUGACUACCUCAAUGACUGGGGCCCCCGCUUCAAGAAACUGGCUGACAUGUACGGAGGAGGGGACGAUGAUUAA